AUGUUUGAAGAAUUUAACCUUUCUGAUGCAGAUUCUUACAUUCAAAAGCCACCAAGAGGACGUAUUUAUUAAGAACGUUAAUGUAUAUAUAACAUUUAUGUUUAGCAACAAGUUAAGAAAGACUAGAAACACAACAAUAAUAUUAAUAAUUUUAAAAGUUUUAUGAAUCAUGUUAGAAUAUACAAAUUGAUUUCAUUUAUCUUAGGGAAUACUUUAACAUUCCUUUUCAUGAUAAUCUAAACGAUUAAGAAAUUUUUAAAAUUCAAAAAAAAAUAUAUAGUAGACGAUUCUCUAUAAAUCAAAAAAAAAGUUGGAGUUUAGAUGAAAAAAAAGUAUUAGUUUGGGUUGUUGGAAAGUAUUGUUAACUUAAUUAGAAAAAUUGUAGAUUUUUGGAUAAUAAUGAUUUUAAUGAGAUUGGCAAAUAUCUUCUUAGAAGAAAUGUUGACAAUAUUAGACAAAAGUGGUUGUCUAUGUUAAAAACAUCAUUGGUAUCUCAACCAUUUACAUAAGAAGAGGAUCAAUAAAUUAUAAUACUCUAUGAAAAAUAUAAAAAUAAAGAUAAUAAAUGGAAAUUGAUAGCAAAUGAAAUAAAUAACAAUAAUUUGAUAUAUAGAACAUGUAAACAACUUAGAGAGAGAUGGAUUAAUUAUUUAGAUCCUACUUUAUUAAAAAUUAAAGAUCCUUGGACUGAUAGAGAAGAUCUAGAAUUAAUUUAUCAAAUUCAAUAAAAAGGUAAAAAGUGGACUGAAAUUGCUAAAAAUUUAAAAAGAAAUGAAAAUUAAGUUAAAAAUCGAUUUAAUUGUCUUCUUAAAAGGGAGGAUGUAUAAGAUGAUCUAAAUAAAUUGAUUGAUAAAGUUUUAUGGAAAAUCAGCAAGUAACCAGUAGUGAUACAACAAGAAAAUUAAGAUAAACCUGUAUUAUCAUCAAAUUCUUAACAUUAAAGUUUGAUUUUAACAAUAUCAAAUAUUGAAUCUUUAAAAAAAGAUGAAAUUCAUUAACUAACACCUUGUAUGGUAAAUUUAAAAACAAACUAAAUUUAUUUUACUCCAAUUCAUAUAUUGUAAGGUUUACUAAAAAUUGAACAAUUAGAUUUUCAAGAUGAAUUUGAAUUAGCAAAAAAAGAUAUUGAAAAAUUUGAAUAAAUGCCUCAUCAAUUUUUUCAUUCUUUAUCUAUAAUAAGUGAAGAAUAUUCUAUUCCACAAAACUACUAAUAAUAAAUUUAACACAAUAUCAAAUCUUUGUCAGAAUUAUCUAACUUUGAAUCUCCCUUAAUACCUAAAUACCCUGAAAAUAAUGGUAUCUUUAAUCAAAUAAGAAUCUUCACUUCUUUAAAAAAAAAAUACUUUAAGCAUCGCACUGAUUUUACUAUUCCUUCAAUAGCUAAUAAAAGUCCUUGGAGAUCAUUGCCAAUAUUGAUUAUGUGCUGA